GAUGUCAUUUGGCACAACGUCACUGUUGGUGCUGGAAGUAGAAUGAUGUCAAUAGAAGAGCUCCUGCCUCGAGUGUACACUGGUACCUGAGGGUUAUCCUACUGAGUGCUGAGUAAAAUAUGAAUUACGACGAAGAAAUGGAGGACCCAUGGCCUGGGCUCACCGACAAGCUUAUCCGGAAUCUGACCCGCGAGGAGUUAGAUACAUUUGCGGAUUCCUUGAAGAAUAAAUUACCUGCUGGAUGGGGAAAGAACAAGCACCAUAAAAAAUUGCCAAAAAUGGACGUCAUUAGACAUUUCAUUGACACUCUCUCAGAAGACUAUGGAGAGAGCGGGUUCAUGAAAUUGAUGAUUGACGUGACCAAGACAAAGAAAUUAAGAUUUCGGACAGGCGAUGGGAAUGAUAUCCUUUUGCAUGAUUAUCUGAAGCAAUGCGAGAAAAAGCGUAAAAUGUAUAAGAAACACUGCCGUGAAAUGGGGAUACUCAAAAACUGUGAUUUUGUCGGGAGGAAGGAGGAAAUGGAGACUGUGACACGGCUGCUCUUGGACGAGGCAAAUGAUCAAAAAGCUGGUAUCUGGAUAUCUGGCAUGGGUGGCACAGGGAAGACAACCCUAGCCAACCAAGUGUGCGGAAAGCAAAACCAAUAUCGAAAGCUCUAUGUCGACUUGAAAACCACAAGCAACAUUGAGGACUUCUACAACCGACUGACAGGGCCGCUAGAUAUACCUCCCCUACAACAAGACCAGAAAAUAUGCUGGGAAACUAUCUACGAAGAGCUACGAACGAAAAAAUCAGCUGUGGUCCUAUACUUGGACAGUUUUGAAACGUUGCUGUCUCCAAACAACCCUGAUAAGAGGGUAUGGGAGAUUCUUAGACAGAUAUUGUCCAUACAAAAUAGCAAGGUCAAGUUACUGAUAACAUCUGUUCAUAGGCCAGAUGACUGUAUCCCUGGACAACAUAGCCCAGAUGACAGUAUGCCUGGACCAGACCCCCUUGAGAACAUGAAGCACCUCCCAUUGCAGUUGUUCACUCUAGAGGAGUGUCAUCAGUUGAUAAGAAGAGUGGCACCCAAAAUCAUGCGUGAUCCAAAGCAAAAGAGCAACAUCGAAACAGUUGUCUCGAAGUUGUGUGCCUUCAAUACUUUGGCAGUGCAGGCGGUGUUCAGCUACCUCAAGAAAUAUUCCAAUUGCAUCACACUGAAAAAGUUCCUCGCAGACCACAAGCAACAACUUGAGUCAGCUGAAAAUAAUGAUCAACAGACGUCUCAGGUUAUCACUACCUUGGGAAGAGUUUUUGAUGGUUUGAAUCAGGCCACUCGAGCAGCACUGAUCAAGUUGUCCCUCUGUAAUGGUGUGCAGUUUGAUUUUACCCUGGCACAGUGCCUUCUGGGCGAAAACAGAACAACUACUCUUUACUCCUUGGUGAAGGCGCGCCUACUUCAAAUGGAGGUCAAGGACAAAACCAGCACGGCAGGAUCGAAGAUUGGAGAUGAAGAUACACGCUUCUUUUUGCAUUCAUUGCUACAGAAUCUUCUGGAGAGGAAACGUGCAGCAGGAGAUUUCGAAAAAGAUGUGGAAGCUGCAAAGUCAAAUAUACGAGCAUAUAUCAUGAAUAGGUUACUUGAACUCGGAAAAAUGGAAACCUAUGACCCUAAGGGUAAAGCAGGUGUCAUAGGGUCAGAAUUGCAGCCAUUGGUUUUGAAGUACAGUUCCAUGCCUUCCAUUAAUAUUGAGCAUUAUGAAAGCUACCACAAAGCUUUCCUCUUUCAAGCUUCACUACAACAUUUUCUGAAUCGAAAGAAUUUGGAGCAGUUCUAUGCUGAACAGCUGGAGUUAGCUUCUGGACCUCAACAAAUAUUGAAAAGAGUAUAUCUGAAGCUGUCGCAGAUUGAUGUUCUGUUGAAAAAUGGGUCUUCAUUAGAGAGUGCUGAAGUGAAGUUGUAUGAAGUCGAAGAGGAGUUGAGAUCGUUCACAAUUGACCCUCCUCCUCAGGCUUUAAAGCUGAGCUGGGCCCAUUUCAACCUUGUUCAUGGCAAGUAUCUUGGUUUGUGUCGGAAAUUUCAAGAGGGUAUCGACUUGAUUCAAGAAGCUUUAAAAGUUUAUAAUGAAGUGGAGGCCUGUAGCACGCAGGCUGCACGAGCCUUGCAUGCCAUUGCAUCAAUUCUUGACAUGAAGCCGUUAGACCCCUACACAGCAUCUGAAAGUAUGAAAUACAAUAAAAGAGCCUUUGAUAAACUUGGUGCAUCUACGGUUCAUUUUGAUCAGAUUGUCUACACCAUGGACAUUGGUAUCAAAGCUCAUGUCCUUGGUGGACUUAAGCAAGAAAGUUUUGAAAAUGCAAAGAAACGGAAGAAAGAACUAUCUCAGAAAGAAGUUGAUGAAUAUAAUAAGGACAUAAAAAAGAGGUUUGAUGAGGCCUCCUCAAGCUACGAGAUGAGUAUUGGUUUGUGUGAGAAACUCAAAAUGAAACGGAGCUUGGAGUACAUAAAGCUGUUGCGACAAAAUGCACUUUUGCUGGCAGAAUAUGAUGACAUCAAAAAGAUCGAAAAGGCUGUGAAGAUGGCAGAGGAAUCCUAUCUGUUGUUACAAGAAUAUGACAAAGAGGACAUGAUGCACAUGGCAAAGUGUUGCUUUGCCAUUGCACACGUGCACAAAAGGCUUGGUGUCAAGAUAUUUGAAGCCAUUCGACAAGCAAAGGAGGAUUACACAGAGGAACAACGUUAUGCACCCUUGUGGGAGACCUAUCACAAGUUCAAGAGAGGCUUUGAAUACAUGAAGAAAGGGAACAUAUUUGCCGAUAUGCAAGACUACUAUGGGUGGCGGAGUAGUCUCCAAGAGACGAUGCGGUGGCUAGGUUUAAGCGAGGAGGAAAAGAACAAGCUAGACCAAGAAAUUGAGUGGUACAUCAAAAACAACAUACGCAAGAGGAAAUCGAGUGCCCAACUGCAAUCUGCAUUGCCUGACAUGAGGACACGAAAGGAAAGUCUCCAAGGAAUGAAGAGACGUUCAAUAGAUCAAUCGCAGGAGGAUGUGAAGCCAUCCAAACGUCGAGGCAGCGUCGUCAUGGAUGAUACCAGUACUGGAAACAAGAAAAGCUCUCUCGCUCUUGCUAAAACUAGACGGUCCAAUUUUAAAAAGGAACAUUCAGUUAGUGAUGAUAUUCCAAUGGACGGGCUCAAUUUGAAUGCAGAACUGAUGGAGACAUGUCCAGAGAAGAAACCGACAGGUUUAGCUAAUAGGAUAAAAGAUAAUUUGAUAAAUUGGAAAAAGAUAGCGGGUGAUAUCUUUUCUCUGAAAACAGAUGUCAGGCAGGUUGAAAAAGAUCCCGAAGAACUUUCUGAAAGCAACAGCAACAUUAGUGGCCUCUCUGACAAAGACAGUGCGCUCACAGGAUAUUCCAAAGCCCCUUCAGUCAUCUCCAAGUCGGGGUCAAGUACUGACAUGGAUCAACAUGACACUUUGGUACGGCAGUCACCAUUGCAAUCUGCUGCUCGGAAUUACACAUACCCACAAGCUUCUGUAUCCCAUGUAAUGAUGCCAUCCGGUAUGCCAGAAAUCGAGGUCACAGGUGUGGGAGAGGCAGAGGAAGAUUCACUUGAUAAAGACGGAAGACUUCCAUUUCAUUACUAUGCCAGCACUGACUCUCCUUGUUCUAAGGUAAAACAGUGGCUCAACAUUGAGAAACAGAAACGACCUUCCUCGCCAGGUGGAUCAAGUGAUGAUUCUUUCCAUUCCACAUACAUGGAUGUACAAGAAGAGGGUAUGCCAAAUUCAUCAAAAUUCAAGCAGUUUUGAGCCAUAAGAGUGUGGGACACUUAGUAUGCCAAGUUUGUGUCUUGACAAGCUGACAAUCAUCUAUUUGUGUCAUGUUUGUAAAAUUUUGGUAAUGAUGUGUUGCAGCAGCAAAAUGUAAAAAUUUCAUAAGAUUGUGAGACAUGUACUGUUGAUUCAAGUUUUAGUGAAUGUUGUUAUCUGUCAAGAUUUACUAAAAAGAUAUUUCAAGAAGAGGGAUUUACUUGUUAUAAUGUUACUACCAUACAUGUAGUGUGUGCCUGUUCGUACUAAGGUGUACGUCAUAUCAAUAUCCGAGUACAAAGCUUUGCCUUGUAUUGUGAAGAAGAAUAUAAACAUGAGAUUGUAAAAAGUUAAGUGAUAGAAAGUUUUAGUGAUAACAGUGUGUCCCCUAAGAUAUCAUAUUUGUCAGUUUUUGUCACAGCAUAGGAACUUUGUUGUUUUAAUGUUACUACAUACUGUUUGAGCACUGUUGUGUGAUAUUAUCCAAGUUCAAAGCUUAGCUUGUCUUGUCUUUGUGUAGGAGAAUAUAAACAUCAUGUUGCUAAACGUUUUACUGAUUAGAUGAAAAAUAAUCACAGCAUGUUCCCUAAUCAAAAGAUAUCAUAUCGCUCAGAUGCUGUCACCACUCUCUACCUGGCAAUAUAACUAUGUUAUUCAUUCAAAAUCAAAUUCCCUAGGAUAAAAUCAUAAUCUCUUAUAUUCAGUAAUUUCAUAGAACGUCCCAUUAAGUGUGACAAAAUUGAUAUAGAAAGACUAUUGUCUCAUAAUUAUAUUUUCAGACAGUAUAUACUUACCUGGCUCAGGAGUUAACGUUGAUCAAUAAGGACGUUCUCCCAGGGCGAGGCCUUUCCAUUGCACUUCAGUUGGGCUGACCCUUGCGAUCACCCCAAAUGUGGGUGACUCAGGUGCAGCAUUACAGCUCAGGCCACCAUUCCACAUGUAUCAAUAUCAUGUGAAAAUUAACAUGUGUUGCAAAGCAAGUUGUAAAUAUUGUCUGUUCCAAUUUUUAAAAAAGUUAAUACAUUCCCAAUCAGAGAAUUUCUUAAACCUUGCAAAUUGAUAUCAUGUUUUUCAAUUAUCUUAACAUAUUAUUGACAGUACAACCUGUUUACAUGUACCAAUGUACAUGUACCAUUGGGUAAUGUGUACAGUAUAUAUACUCCAGAAUAUUGGACAAUUUUCCCCUUUGGGAAACUGCUGGUAUACAUGUUCAAAUGUCUUAUCUUUUAUUCCAGAAAUAGCAUGUGCUAUUUACAUAUGACAAACAUACCGGUAUUGUAAUAAUGAAUUGGUUUUGAUAUUAAAGGCAGCAUUGUUGUUGAUAAAAUUUUUUGUUGUCU